AUGUCAAGGCCUGUUGAGAGAAUAGCAGAGAUCAAUGAUGGAAAAGAGCUUUGGAAGAUUGUUGUUAGGAUUCACCACAGAUGGAAAGUUGUCUCCAACAACAAGGAACAUUUUGAAAUGAUCUUUGUUGACAAAUUGGGAGAUGAUAUUCAUGCUGUUGUUCCAGCACCUCAUGUGUCGGUGUUCACCGAAAAAUGCUUAUUAGGGCAUACUUAUACUGGAGAUGUCGUUGGAAUGGUGGAUAGUAUUGGUUAUGCACAGACUGAGUCAGGUGCAAAGAAGCAGCAAAUUAGCAUGAUGUUGCGUGAUCACAGCAACAACAUGUUGAAUUGUACUCUGUGGGAAUCAUACGCGGAUCAGUUCAUCAGGUUUAACAAAGUUAGGGUUGCUGCAUCACUCCCUACAGUUGUGUUGCUUCAGUAUGCCAAAGUGAAGGAAGAAGGAAAGUAUCCUCUGUCUGUGACAAACACCUACAAUGUGACCCUUUUAUGUGUUGAUGCUGAUUUUCCGGUCAUGAAAGACUUUAUUGAUAGAAUGCCUGAGGAGAGCAAGGUAACCCUGUCUGAACAACUUGGAGGGAAUUCCCAAUAUUCCUCCCAAAGUUCUGAAAAUCAACAGCUCACUCCUGUGCAAAAAUUGUUCUCAAAGGCUGUUGUUUUGCCUAUUGCUGAGAUUAUUCAACUUACGGAUGUUACAUUUUGUGCUACUGUCGCUACAACAAAAUUAUUAGUAGCAUCUCCGUUUGGAUGGUAUAAGAUUGAAAUUGAGGUUACUCACGGGGGCCAAAGCUACAAUUUUGUCUUCUGGAACAGAGAAUGUGAAAUGUUGUUGGGUUUAUCUGCAUCGCAACUUCGUAACACUAUGAUUCAGGCUGGAAUUACUGAUCCAUUGGACUUUCCGUUAGCACUUGAUCAGUUGUUGAAGUUGGAAAUGGCUAUGAAGAUUAAAGAGAGUGUUGAUGAGGCUAAAACAGAUGCCAAUGAAGACUGUGAAUUGGUUACAGACCUGGAAAUUACAUUUGAGCACAAGCCUGAUGCUGUCACACCUGGUGGUAAGAGGCAUCUUCCUGCUGCAUCAAGUGAAUCCAUUGAUUUGGACGGAUUACAUGAUGGGGAACUGUCAUCAAACAAGCUGAAGAAGAUAAUUAAAAUGGAGAAGAUUGAUUAG